AUGACUCGAGAGAUCGUGCUCCGCCACCAUUCCCUGAACCGACGACGCCAACCAUUGCUAGCGAGCCAGCAGUCAGCGAGGAAAGAGAAUUUGCGAUUAGGGGAAGUCGCCGGUGGGACGGCGGCAGAGUGCGCCGCCGUAUGUUGCUGUUGCCCAUGUGGGCUGGUGAACCUUUUUGUCCUGGCCGUGUACAAGUUACCUGCGGGGCUUUGUAGGAAAGCGUUGCAUAAGGAGAAGAAGCCGCUGAGUUUCAAGAGCGGUCUCCUUACGCAGAGGCGUAGAUGCAUGUGCGAUUUCCAAGAGAAGGAGGUUCACAUACCUCCUGUAUCAACAGAAUCCAAGCUUUCCACAGCUUCGAAAAUUCCAGAUAACGAUGACCCAUCGGUCAAGAAGGUUCUAGAAUUGGAAAAGGAGAUGUGGGAUAGCUUCUACGGUACAGGUUUCUGGAGAAGCCCUUCCCAGAGACAGUAG